AUGUGGACCACCCGCGACUGGGACCGCAAGGUCGCCGUCUUCUCCGCUUUCUUCGACAGCCUCAAACGCCGCUCCCUCCUCGCCAACGCCUCAAAAUCGCUCUGCAUCGGGGCGCGGGUCGGGCAGGAGGUCGCUGCACUGAAGCGGGUCGGGGUGUCCGAUUCGGUGGGGAUCGACCUGGUGCCCUACCCGCCGCUCGUCCUCAAGGGUGAUUUCCACCGCCAGCCGUUCGCCGACGGGACAUUCGACUUCGAAUUCUCGAACGUGUUCGACCACGCGCUGUACCCGAGGAGGUUCAUCGGGGAGAUCGAGCGGACGCUGAGGCCCGGCGGGAUCUGCGUGCUCCACGUGCUGGUGUCGAAGAGGGCGGACAAGUGUCAAAAUGAUUGGGCCCAGCUCGUGACACAUCAGGAGGUGACAAGGAUUUUCGGGAUGGCUAAACGCCACAUCAGCUGCUCCGGGUGCCACAUCAGCAAAAUGGUCACCGGAAUGUGA